UGGGGCCCCAGUCGUACGGGGUUAGAUGAGUAGACGUUAGCGUUGCAAAAUACGUGGCAGAAAGGCGUCAGCAUGGAGAUAGCCGCUCUGGCCGCGUUGACUUUGUUACUGGGUGCACUGGUUAUUCUGGUUGCGUUAGCGGUGGGCAGACGGAAAGAAGAAAUAAGAGAAGAAACGGAGCAGGCGGCGGAGUUUGCCGCUGAAGCCAGUGUUGCGAAGGGACCCCCGUCCAAGAAGCAGAAGCAGGAGAAGCAGCGUGGUCGCAAGGAUAAACCUGCACAGCACACUUUCAGCCAUCCGCUGCUGGCUGCCUCUCUAAAGGGCCACAGUGGAAAUGUGACCUGCUUCGAUUUCAGCAGUAACGGGAAGUACCUGGCGUCCUGCGCUGACGACCGCACUGUUCGGAUUUGGAGCACCAAAGACUUCCUGGAUCGUGAGCACAAGUGUCUGAGAGCCAAUGUAGAGCUGGAUCAUGCUACACUGGUCCGCUUCAGCCCCGACUCCAGGGCCUUUAUCACCUGGUUGGCCAACGGAGACACCAUUCGAAUCUUCAAAAUGAUGAAAAAGGAUGACGGCACCAUGAGCUUCAAAGCUGCCCCUGAGGAUUUCCCACAGAAGCACAAGGCCACCAUCCUCAACAUCGGCAUCGCAGAGACAGGCAAGUUUAUCAUGAGUGCCUCCACCGACACCUGUAUCAACAUUUGGGACUUGAAAGGAGAGGUACUGGCCUCAAUCAACACUAACCAGAUAACCAAUUCUUAUGCUGCCAUCUCCCCAUGUGGCAGGUUUGUAGCAUCCUGUGGCUUCACUCCUGACGUAAAGGUGUGGGAGGUUUGCUUUGGCAAAAGUGGAGAGUUCAAGGAGGUGGUGCGAGCCUUUGACCUGAAGGGCCACUCUGCUGGAGUUCACGCAUUCGCCUUUUCCAACGACUCUCGCAGGAUGGUGAGCGUCUCCAAAGACGGCACGUGGAAACUGUGGAACACAGACGUGGAGUACAAAAAGCAGCAGGAUCCCUACCUCCUGAAAACUGUUCCUUGCAGCUCAUCUGAGGGCAGCCGGGUGGCCUUGUCUCCAGACGGUCGGGUGGUGGCCGUCAGCGAUGGCUGCAACGUGGCGAUGUAUGACGCUGCCAGCGGAAAGCUGGAGGAGGAGCUGCAUGGCGUCCACAGCGGGGAGAUCACAGAGCUUAGAUUUGACAUCAACGGACGCUUCUUGGUGUGCAGUGGUGACAAGGCUAUUCGAGUAUUUCACAAUACUCCGGGCUACCGGGCUGCCAUCAGAGACAUGCAGGACAUGCUGAAGAAGGCUCAGAACGAGGCCAUGAAGCAGAGACUGCAGCAACAGAUCAAAGAGGCUCAGAGUGCCCUGGACACUGUACUUGCUGCUCCCUCCAACUGAAAAAAAAAAAUGACAAAAAUUGGAAAUCACACUCUGAUUGUGACACCGUCUGACUCUGCUAAUCAUUUGUUUGCAUUGUCACCGCUGCCUUUUAAUGAUUUGGACUGGGAAGAGUAAGAUUUGCAUGCAGUUUAAUAAAGGGUAUGUUUUUAUGGAAAUGCUUUGUUUGAUUUGAAGCUGGACAUCUGAGUUUCAUAUCCAGCCUUUGUAUGUGUUCAGUGUGAUCUCUGCUGUGUUUGUGUUUGAUUGGCUAUAGUUUGUGAAGUUCUGCAGUGUAAUUGUUCUUAGCAUGGUGUCCCUUCAUAGGACAGUCACUAAGUGGAAAAGGGAACAGCUUAACGGUCCCUUUUCAAACAAGACCUUUGACAUCUGACGGCAGGAAAAGCAAACGUGGAAACGAUUUUUAGGUGCUUCAUUUCUGAGUCCAGAUAUUGUGCAUGCUGACUCACUGGGAAACUUUCAGCAGAGCUAAUGUUAACAUUAUUAGUAACACCUCUUCUUUUCCUUCUCUGGUAGGUCGAAAUCUGUGCUGUGGAAAAAGAAGUUAAAAGUGUAACAUUUGCCCUGAGGGUGGCACUAAAGAAAAAAGCCUCUAAUUGUUUUUUUUUUUUCUUUAAUUAGAUGCAAAGUAAAUCUUUGGAAAUCUCCUUUGGAGACCAUUAACAUCCACAGGUUUUACAUGAGCACCUGUGCACCCUCACAGGUGUACAGUUUGGGUCAAAUACCCAAGGAGAAUUGACACCAGAAACUGAGUUCUCCCAUCAACUGCAACGAAGUAACAGGAGCGUGAGGGAGGUGUCGGGCACGAGUAUAUACAGUUUUGAAAACACCUCUUGGGGUUUUGUGAGUGUGAUCCAAGACUUCAAACUCAGCCAAACUGGGGAAGAAAAACUAACAGCCCCUCUUCUGUCACUGAAGGUUUGAUUCUCAGACAGAUAAUAUUUUUCUAGAAUUGUAGCAGGGAAAUGUCAAAUUUCCUUUAAUUCCCAAAAGGUUAAAUAAUUAUCAAAAUAUUCUCAGGAUUGGAAUAAAAGCAUAUAUUUGAUUACAGUGUGCUCAUGUUUGAGGACGCGGGGUAUAAGUUAGGCCUUAAGCAUCUUAAACUGUGCAGUGUGCAUUCAUUUGUGUAGCGUUAAUGGAGGAUCUGAUUUAUUUUGUCCUGUGACACAUCCUGGAUCUGAAUGGUGCACCAUUUUGGUAUUUUUUAAGAAUCUAAGAUAAACUAUUUUGUAAAACAUCAUGAAAAAAUAAACUUCCUUUAAUCAA